GCACGAACAUUUUCAACUCUUCAAACUUCGUCAAAGAGUCUGGUAAUGCCUGAUCUUUCUCUUUUCACUUCCUUGGUGAAGGGUGCUGGAGUAUAUACCGUCCUCAAGUCGACAAAAGAUGUGAAGCUCCUGUUUCUGCAAAGAUUUAUCCGCCUGUUUGCCUAUGGAGCUUCAUAUAUCAUUCUCGUCCACUUCCUGGCAAACCUCGGAAUAUCCGAUGAACAUGUUGGGUUGUUUAUGACGCUGACGAUGCUUGGGGAUGUUGCCAUCAGCUUCGUUCUGACCAUUAUCACUGAUCAGGUCGGACGACGCAAAGUGCUUGCUGCUGGUGCCUUAUUGAUGGGAUCAAGCGGUAUUGUAUUCGCGCUGAGUAGCAGAUACUGGGCACUGCUUCUUGCGAGCAUUGUGGGCGUGAUCAGUCCUAGUGGGAACGAGAUUGGCCCUUUUCGAGCUGUGGAAGAAUCCAUCCUCUCUCAAUUGACGGAUAAAGAUGACCGUAGUGAUAUCUUUGUAUGGUAUACUAUGUGUGGGACCGCUGGAGCUGCGCUUGGGACAGUGACUAGCGGCUGGAUGAUUCACGCGCUGACAACAUCCGCUACAAGGACCGAGCUCGAAGCGUAUCGGGUGGUGUUCAUACUCUAUGCCGCUCUUGGUUUUGUAAAGAUGAUUUUAACCCUACUCCUGAGUCGGAAGGUGGAACUCGAGAGGAAGCAUCCUGCGUACCAUGAGAUACUCGAACUGGAAAAUGAAGAGCUUCUCACCGAAACCAGUUCAGAGGAGAACGAAGAGACAACGGGACAUAUUCCGAAGCGAAACAACUCUCAGAUGUAUGAACCCGCGGCUGCAAACGGAGGCGUUCUUUCCCGACUCGGUCGUAGAGCUCGAUCGUUGCUACCUCGCAUCUCGUCCCAGUCUCUCUCGAUCCUCUCCCGACUUAUUCUACUCUUCGCUCUGGAUUCCUUCGCCUCCGGCAUGGCAUCACCGUCUUGGCUAACCUAUUUCUUCACCACAUACCACAAGAUCGGCGCUGGAGCACUCGGAACUCUCUUCUUUACAACCAACAUUCUCGCAACACUGUCAAAUUUCACCGCACUUCCUCUUGCCAGACGACUGGGGCCCUUGAAAACAAUGACUUUCACUCAUCUUCCUUCAGCGAUCUUCCUGGGCCUGGUACCUUUGCCUAAAUCCGGAAGUGGAGGAACCUGGAUAGCUAUGGCAUUCUUGAGCCUUCGUGCAUGUACGCAGAGUAUGGAUCAAGCUCCGCGUCAGGCGUUCCUUGCCGCAGCCGUGAGGAACGAGGAGAGAACAGCCAUCCUAGGAGUCGUUAACAUUGUUAAGACGAUUGCUCAGGCCGGCGGCAUAGGUUCCUCGGGGUUCCUAGCUGGCAAGAAGAUGUGGGUGGUUAUGCUGAGCGGCGCCGGGUUGAUGAAAGCAGGCUAUGACCUGUUGAUUCUGUGGACGUUCCUUGGACUACCUGAACGCGAACGAUAAGCUAGUCCUUUUUGCUUUGUACUGAAUUGCGAACCAGGCCGUCCUGGACGCCAAUUCCGAGCUUUAGGUAAGCUGAAGCGUUGACAGGACAACGAUCGAUUAUCUGGACAGCGGCCACGUCUGUGUCUGCUGUCGGUCGAGAUGGUAUAGAGCACAUGAAGAGCCUGCAUGCUCUGUUCUCCAUAGGAGGCAAGAUUUCAGACGCACCGGGCUCUUAUCAACGGCGAAAGUUCAUCCCAGCCUAGCCUAAAGAGCUAGACCAGGAGUGUAGUGAAAUAUCGGGCUGACUCAAUCCUCGGAAACACAUGGCGGACUUUGGGAAAACGAGUGGGUUGGUAGAAAACAUUUUGGAGCAUCUACAGUA